AUGUCUUGGGACGCAUACACCACCAAUUUAGUUUCAACUGGAAAGUUGGAUAAAGCCGCUCUCUACUCGAGAGCUGGUGAUUCAUUAUGGGCUCAAUCAGGCUCAUUCCAAUUGGAACCUAAAGAAAUCACUGAAAUCGCCAACGGCUUUGAUGAUGCUUCAAACUUGCAAAGCCACGGCUUGCAUGCACAAGGUCAGAAAUAUUUUUUGUUGAGGAAUGAUGAAAGAUCAAUUUACGGCAAGCACGAGGCAGAAGGUUUGAUUUGUGUUCGCACAAAACAAGCCAUCAUAGUUGCACACUACCCAGGGGGAGUGCAACCUGGAGAAGCAACAACCAUUGUAGAAAAGUUGGCUGAUUAUUUGAUUGGUGUAGGUUAUUAA